CAGGUGCUCUUCCAACUUGGAAUGACUCCUGUUUCUGUAGAAGAUAGUCUGUUCCACAAGAUAAAAGAAAAUCAAGAUCGUUUUUAUGAAUUUCAUCUAGAAGUUUCUCAUUUAAACGAGCAAUCAGGGUGGAGGACAGGAGGAAUCAGGAAGGAAACACACCACCAUCCGUUCCCAUGCUCCCGCCGUCCUCCUACCUCCGUCGCCGCCCCCUCGCCGCGAUCCCUAACCUCCUCCUCCGACUAUCCCACUCUCUCUCUACCUCCACCACGCCGGCAACCCGCGCUCCCACCACCCGCGUCGCCGUCCUCUGGGACCUGGCCGCCUCCCGGCCGCCCUCUACCCUCCCCCUCUACGACGCCGCCGUACGGCUCCAUCUAGCCGCCACCUCCUUCGGCCGGGUCCGCCUCUCCACCGCUUUCGUCCACCCGGGGCACCGCCUCCCCACCCCAUCCCCGGCCGCCGCCAGAGUGCACCUCUGCCGCGUCUGUGGCCGCCGCUUCCGCGCCCGCGACACGCUGCUGCGCCACUUCGACGCGAUCCACGCCCGCGAGCACGCCAAGCGCCUCGCGCGGAUCGAUUCCUCCCGCGGCGGCCGCCGCGUGCGCCUCGCCGCCGCGCUCUCCCUCAAGCUCUCUAAGUACGAGAAGGCCGCCCGCGAGCUCACCGCGGCGGCCGACCCCUGCUCCCCCGCCGACGACCUCCGCCGUGCCCGCGUCGCCGUCGAGCUCUCCCGGACCCCGUCUGACUCCCUCCUGGAGCGCGCCCAUGAGGUGCUCGACGGAAAGUCCGUGGGGUGCCUAAUGCUGGUCUCGGGCCGCGACGAGCUCGCUCCUCUGCUGCGCCUCGCGAGGGAGAAGGGCGUGCGGUCCGUGGUCGUCGGCGGGGAGUCCGGGCCGGCGAGGUGGGCCGACGUGGGGUUCACCUGGGCGGAGGUGAUCAGCGGGAAGGCCAGGAAGGCGGCGCCGUCUGUGUCCAGCAAGUGGCGGGACAGGGACGUGCUCAAGAUGCUGGAGUGGAGGUACGAAGACGACGAACACGAAGAGGUGGUGUUCGACGAGGACGGCGACGGAGAUGAGGCCGAUGAAUUGGCUAGUAAGACCAAUGGGAAGCCAUGGUGGAAGCUGGAGUCGGAUGGCGAGGACUCCGGUGUCCGCCGUUGAAUGGUUAAAAUCGGUGUUGCUGCACAUGAGGUGUUUGUUCAUUUGCUCCUUCGGAUCCUCCCAACAGAGAGGGGUAUCAAACUAUCAAUCAUGGCAAUUGGUGGUGACUGGUGAGUGGUGCCUACCAUGACCUGGUGCUUUGCCUGACCAUUCAGAAGGCUAAUCAUCUGCACGCAAGAGUAGUUGUAAUUCCAUGGAAGAUCUCUCUUUUAGAUGAUUUGGACUGGCAUAACCCAAUCUUUACCCAUUGGAUUCGAUUCAAGAUGUGAUUCUUCCAAUUGGAUCCCUGUAAUAAAACGACAUUAUACACUACAGUCAUGGACUAUCUGGAAUGAAGCACUGGAUCGGCAUCAAGCCAUCAAUACACUGAAGCACAGUUCGUACUGCACCGAAUGGAUGCCAGCCACAGCCGGUGCACCCGUUCGCUCGUCAGCAGCUCAGAGCUCCAGUGCACUGCCCUCGAGCCCCUCGCGACGAAUUCACUCGAUGCUGUUGCCUAUGCCGGCUGCAAUCCGGCAACUCAGGCGCCGGCGCCGUUUACUGACCUGAAAUUCUUGAAGGUCAUUUACAGCAGUGAGAAAGUGAUGCUAUGCUGGUGUUUAGGUCGAGAAAAUUUUUGGGAGGAGUGUCACGUCAAAUAUUUGACAUCUCAUAUUUGACUGGAUGUCGGAAGGAGUUUUCGGACACGAAUGACAAAACGAAUUUCAAGGCUAGACUAGAAACCGCGAGACGAAUCUUUUGAGCCUAAUUAUCCGUUAUUAGCACAUAUUGGUUACU